AUGGAUAGGCGCUUGCUCGUGAUAUUGAUGGGGCGUUGUCUGGUAGGCAGCCAGCCAGGCAGCGAGGCGGUCGACAGGGCAGCCAGCAAGGCAACCAACGAGGCCACCGACACAGCACCCGGCAAGGCAACCAAUGAGGCAGCCAACGAGACAACCAACGAGGCAGCCAACGAGACAACCAACGAGGCAGCCAACGAGACAGCCAACAAAGCAGCCAACGAGGCAGCCAUCGAGGCAGCCAGCAAGGCAGCCAACAGGCAGCCGAGCAGGCAGGCCACCAGGAACCAGCACGUCGCAAUGCGCCGCUUGCAUGACAGCGGCAUGGGCGUCAAGAGGAUCGCCGCGGCCUUGAGCCGCUCCACGGACACCGUCUCGAAGCAUUUGUUCAAAAAGAACACGACCAAGAAGUCCAAGGGCCGUCCGAAGCAUUCCAUCCGCACCCCCAAAGGGUUUCUCGCUGCCCAGCGCGCUUACAAGAAGCUUCUGAAGUCCUCGGGCGGCACAAAGGAAGUGACGGCAGCCAUGCUGAAGUCCGAGAUGAAGUUGAAAUGCAACAUCAAGACAGUGCGCCGCGCGUUUGCUGAGAAUGGCUACCAGUUCCGCCCGCUGUACGAGAAGCCUGACCUUUCGGAUGGGGACAAGAAGGAGCGCCUGCAGUGGGCCCGCGAGCACAAGCACCGGAGCCCCAGCCAGUGGUCACAGUACGUCCACGCGUGCAUGGACAACAAGGUGUUCCAGGUGCUGCCCAAUGCGAAGUACAGGAAGGUGGCGGCAAAGCGCAAGGUUCGCGGGGUGUACAGGAAGCGCAAGCGGGACUUCUCCGUGGGCCACGUCAAGCCGAGCAACCCUAAGGUUCUCGGGCUGGCGCAAAUCGGAGACCGCGCCGAGGCCACUCAGCGCCAGGUUCUGAAGCAGAGUUCGGGCAAGGGCUCCGUGACCAUCGCGUGCGCCAUCGGCGCGGGCAAGGUGUUGAUGUGGCACCAGGUGGUCGGCAGGUGGAACGCCGCAGCCGCGGGGCGAAUGUACUCGGGGGCGCUCCAGCCCGCUUUGAAGAGGGCCUACCCUUCCGUGCGCGGCAAGUUCCGCGUCAUGGAAGACAACGACCCCACGGGCUACAAAUCUCGCUCGGGCAUGGCGGCGAAGAAGUCCGCUGGCAUCCAGACGUUGGACUUGCCGAAGCGGUCCCCUGAUCUGAUGCCGCUUGAUUUCGCCUUCUGGGCCAAUCUGAACAAGCGCAUGAGGGGACAGGAGAAAGACUGGCCCGCGAGCAAGACGGAGACGCGGGCGCAGUACCUGGCCCGGCUGCGCCGCACGGCGUUGGCGACGCCUUCUGAGUACAUCCACAGCAUCAUGGGCAGCCUGCACAAGCGCUGCGGCUUGUUGGUCGAGGCGAAGGGCGGCCACUUCGCCGAGGGCGGGAGCCAGUCGCGGUCCACGAUCAAGACCAAUCCGUGCGUCCACCGCCCUUGCGGCUACAGGACCAGCAGGCCAGAGAAGCGCCGCAGGCUCGUGGGGAAGCAGAGCCAGCAGACGGCGCUCCUCGAGCACGUCGUCGGCGAGGAGAACAGGAACGCCUCGCGGGAGGUCUACUUGGUGACUCUGCCGCACACGGACAAGGAGGGUCUCAGAGCGCCAGCGGCUUUCUCGCGGGAGGAGGUCCGCGACGCUUUCCUGGAUUGCUGCGGCGCUCCGGACGCCGACCCCGCGUGGCUCGCAAGCCACCGCGGGCAGGGGGCCGCGCCCGUCGGGGUCAAGAAGCUGGUGGUAUUCAAAGAAUACCACGCGCCAGUGGCAGGCGUCCGGCGGGCGCACUACCACGUGGCCUUGCACUUGGGCAAGAAGAGCAAGUUCCUGACCGUGAAGCGGGCCUUGCUCAACAGGUACCAACUCGCCUCUCACUGGUCCUGCAGCCACGACGGGUACUGGUCGGCCGUCGGGUACUGCGCGAACGCGACGCCCAAGAAGCCGCGGAGCGCCCUGGACGUUGACUACUUGGCUUGGCCCGCGGACCACCCGCCGCUGUCCGCGGCGAAGAGGGAGCCGACGACCGCCCGCGCUUUGGAGAAGCGCAGGACCGCGCGGGAGCAGGUCGAGGGCGAGAAGGGGAAGCCAGAGCCUCGCGUCGAGGAGGUGGACCUGUGGCCGAUAGUGGUCAGGUCUGGGAUCCGGAAUACUCCGGACGACCCCCACGCAGUGCGCAAGUUGAUGGCGUACGCUAAGACGUCCUGCUCGCACAAGGUGGUUGCCUGGAUGUUCAAGAACGAGCACGUGUUGGAGAAGAUCAUCGACAAGGCCUGGGCGCGGGAGAACGUGGACAGCUUCCUCGAAGACGCGACGAAUCCCGUCAUGCAGCAGUUCAAGGAGGCCUUGCGGACGCCUUGCGUUUGCGGCGGCCGCUGGUUGCACCACGUCCGCGAAAGCCUGUCGAUGAAUCGCAUCGACGUCCCCGACCUGUGCAGCAGCAUCUUGAUGUCCCUGAAGCACGGUCGGUCCGAGGCGGCCCCGGUGGUCACCUUGGCUGGGCGCUUCGGCGGAGAGGGGAAGUCUCUUCUCUUCUCGGCGGUUCGGCCGCUGUUCGGCGGUGAGCACGUGCAGGAGAGGCCAGGCGGGGGGCAGUUUUGCCUCCACGGCUUGGACAAGGCCAAGGCCGCGGUGCUGGACGAGUGGAUGUUCAUCGAUGAGGACCUCCCCCUGUCCAUCCAGCUCCUGUGGCUUGAGGGCAAGCCCGUGCCCAUCACCAUGCCCCAGAACCAGCACGUCGGGCACAAGGUGUACAUGGGGUCCGCCCCGAUUUUUGUCACCUGCCCCGAGACGGCGCUGGCGGGCCUCUCGACCGAGUCGUCGCAGCGCCCGCAGGGGCAGGCUGGCAUGCUGCUCCGGCGGCUGAAACUGUAUUUAUUCACUGUGCCGAUUCCCAAGCCGCCGGCCCCGAAGCUAGUGCCGUGCCCGCGCUGUUUCUCGACCCUCGUCACUAGCGAGGCUUUCAGGAAAGCAGCUGGCGAGGCAGCCAACAAGCCAGCCAACGAAGCAGCCUACGAGGCACCCAGCGAGGCGGCCAACGAGGCAACUGGCGAAGCAGCCAGCGAGGCGGCCAACGAGGUAGCCCACGAGGCACGAGGCAGCCAACGAGGUAGCCCACGAGGCAGCCAGCCAGGCAGCGAGGCGGUCGACAGGGCAGCCAGCAAGGCACCCAACGAGGCCACCGACACAGCACCCGGCAAGGCAACCAACGAGGCAGCCAACGAGACAACCAACGAGGCAGCCAACGAGACAACCAACGAGGCAGCCAACGAGACAACCAACGAGGCAGCCAACGAGACAGCCAACAAAGCAGCCAACGAGGCAGCCAUCGAGGCAGCCAGCAAGGCAGCCAACAGUCAGCCGAGCAGGCAGGCCACCAGGAACCAGCACGUCGCAAUGCGCCGCUUGCAAGACGGCGGCAUGGGCGUCAAGAGGAUCGCCGCGGCCUUGAGCCGCUCCACGGACACCGUCUCGAAGCAUUUGUUCAAAAAGAACACGACCAAGAAGUCCAAGGGCCGCCCGAAGCAUUCCAUCCGCACCCCCAAAGGGUUUCUCGCUGCCCAGCGCGCUUACAAGAAGCUGCUGAAGUCCUCGGGCGGCACAAAGGAAGUGACGGCAGCCAUGCUGAAGUCCGAGAUGAAGUUGAAAUGCGACAUCAAGACAGUGCGCCGCGCGUUUGCUGAGAAUGGCUACCAGUUCCGCCCGCUGCACGAGAAGCCUGACCUUUCGGAGGGGGACAAGAAGGAGCGCCUGCAGUGGGCCCGCGAGCACAAGCACCGGAGCCCCAGCCAGUGGUCACAGUAUGUCCACGCGUGCAUGGACAAGAAGGUGUUCCAGGUGCUGCCCAAUGCGAAGUACAGGAAGGUGGCGGCAAAGCGCAAGGUUCGCGGGGUGCACAGGAAGCGCAAGCGGGACUUCUCCGUGGGCCACGUCAAGCCGAGCAACCCUAAGGUUCUCGGGCUGGCGCAAAUCGGAGACCGCGCCGAGGCCACUCAGCGCCAGGUUCUGAAGCAGAGUUCGGGCAAGGGCUCCGUGACCAUCGCGUGCGCCAUCGGCGCGGGCAAGGUGUUGAUGUGGCACCACGUGGUCGGUAGGUGGAACGCCGCAGCCGCGGGGCGAAUGCACUCGGGGGCGCUCCAGCCCGCUUUGAGGAGGGCCUACCCUUCCGUGCGCGGCAAGUUCGGCGCCAUGGAAGACAACGACCCCACGGGCUACAAAUCUCGCUCGGGCAUGGGGACAGGAGAAGACUGGCUCGCGAGCAAGACGGAUACGCGGGCGCAGUACCUGGCCAGGCUGCGCCGCACGGCGUUGGCGACGCCGUCUGAGUACAUCCACAGCAUCAUGGGCAGCCUGCACAAGCACUGCGGCUUGUUGGUCGAGGCGAAGGGCGGCCACUUCGCCGAGGGCGGUGGGUGCAAGGGGCGCGCCAGGCGCGCCAAGUGCACCGCGUGCGACAGGCCAGAGAAGCGCCGCAGGCUCGUGGGGAAGCAGAGCCAGCAGACGGCGCUCCUCGAGCACGUCGUCGGCGAGGAGAACAGAAACGCCUCGCGGGAGGUCUACUUGGUGACUCUGCCGCACACGGACAAGGAGGGUCUCAGAGCGCCAGCGGCUUUCUCGCGGGAGGAGGUCCGCGACGCUUUCCUGGAUUGCUGCGGCGCUCCGGACGCCGACCCCGCGUGGCUCGCAAGCCGCCGCGGGCAGGGGGCCGCGCCCGUCGGGGUCAAGAAGCUGGUGGCAUUCAAAGAAUACCACGCGCCAGUGGCAGGCGUCCGGCGGGCGCACUACCGCGUGGCAUUGCACCUGGGCAAGAAGAGCAAGUUCCGGACCGUGAAGCGGGCCUUGCUCAACAGGUACCAACUCGCCUCUCACUGGUCCUGCAGCCACGACGGGCACUGGUCGGCCGUCGGGUACUGCGCGAACGCGACGCCCAAGAAGCCGCGGAGCGCCCUGGACGUUGACUACUUGGCUUGGCCCGCGGACCACCCGCCGCUGUCCGCGGCGAAGAGGGAGCCGACGACCGCCCGCGCCUUGGAGAAGCGCAGGACCGCGCGGGAGCAGGUCGAGGGCGAGAAGGGGAAGCCAGGGCCUCGCGUCGAGGAAGUGGACCUGUGGCCGAUAGUGGUCAGGUCUGGGAUCCGGAAUACUCCGGACGACCCCCACGCAGUGCGCAAGUUGAUGGCGUACGCUAAGACGUCCUGCUCGCACAAGGUGGUUGCCUGGAUGUUCAAGAACGAGCACGUGCUGGAGAAGAUCAUCGACCAGGCCUGGGCGUGGGAGAACGUGGACAGCUUCCUCGAAGACGCGACGAAACCCGUCAUGCAACAGUUCAAGGAGGUGUUCCAGGUGCUGCCCAAUGCGAAGUACAGGAAGGUGGCGGCAAAGCGCAAGGUUCGCGGGGUGUACAGGAAGCGCAAGCGGGUCUUCUCCGUGGGCCACGUCAAGCCGAGCAACCCUAAGGUUCUCGGGCUGGCGCAAAUCGGAGACCGCGCCGCGGCCACUCAGCGCCAGGCCAGUGGCCGACGGCGCGCUCUGAUUUGGCUCGCCCCCAGGUUCUUGAAGCAGAGUUCGGGCAAGGGCUCCGUGACCAUCGCGUGCGCCAUCGGCGCGGGCAAGGUGUUGAUGUGGCACCAGGUGGUCGGCAGGUGGAACGCCGCAGCCGCGGGGCGAAUGUACUCGGGGGCGCUCCAGCCCGCUUUGAAGAGGGCCUACCCUUCCGUGCGCGGCAAGUUCCGCGUCAUGGAAGACAACUACCCCACGGGCUACAAAUCUCGCUCGGGCAUGGCGGCGAAGAAGUCCGCUGGCAUCCAGACGUUGGACUUGCCGAAGCGGUCCCCUGAUCUGAUGCCGCUUGAUUUCGCCUUCUGGGCCAAUCUGAACAAGCGCAUGAGGGGGCAGGAGAAGGACUGGCCAGAGAAGCGCCGCAGGCUCGUGGGGAGGCAGAGCCAGCAGACGGCGCUCCUCGAGCACGUCGUCGGCGAGGAGAACAGGAACGCCUCGCGGGAGGUCUACUUGGUGACUCUGCCGCACACGGACAAGGGGGGUCUCAGAGCGCCAGCGGCUUUCUCGCGGGAGGAGGUCCGCGACGCUUUCCUGGAUUGCUGCGGCGCUCCGGACGCCGACCCCGCGUGGCUCGCAAGCCGCCGCGGGCAGGGGGCCGCGCCCGUCGGGGUCAAGAAGCUGGUGGUAUUCAAAGAAUACCACGCGCCAGUGGCAGGCGUCCGGCGGGCGCACUACCACGUGGCAUUGCACCUGGGCAAGAAGAGCAAGUUCCUGACCGUGAAGCGGGCCUUGCUCAACAGGUACCAACUCGCCUCUCACUGGUCCUGCAGCCACGACGGGCACAGGUCGGCCGUCGGGCACUGCGCGAACGCGACGCCCAAGAAGCCGCGGGGCGCCCUGGACGUUGACUACUUGGCUUGGCCCGCGGACCACCCGCCGCUGUCCGCGGCGAAGAGGGAGCCGACGACCGCCCGCGCCUUGGAGAAGCGCAGGACCGCGCGGGAGCAGGUCGAGGGCGAGAAGGGGAAGCCAGAGCCUCGCGUCGAGGAGGUGGACCUGUGGCCGAUAGUGGUCAGGUCUGGGAUCCGGAAUACUCCGGACGACCCCCACGCAGUGCGCAAGUUGAUGGCGUACGCUAAGACGUCCUGCUCGCACAAGGUGGUUGCCUGGAUGUUCAAGAACGAGCACGUGCUGGAGAAGAUCAUCGACAAGGCCUGGGCGCGGGAGAACGUGGACAGCUUCCUCGAAGACGCAACGAAACCCGUCAUGCAACAGUUCAAGGAGGCCUUGCGGACGCCUUGCGUUUGCGGCGGCCGCUGGUUGCACCACGUCCGCGAAAGCCUGUCGAUGAAUCGCAUCGACGUCCCCGACCUGUGCAGCAGCAUCUUGAUUUCCCUGAAGCACGGUCGGUCCGAGGCGGCCCCGGUGGUCACCUUGGCUGGGCGCUUCGGCGGAGAGGGGAAGUCUCUUCUCUUCUCGGCGGUUCGGCCGCUGUUCGGCGGUGAGCACGUGCAGGAGAGGCCAGGCGGUGGGCAGUUUUGCCUCCACGGCUUGGACAAGGCCAUGGCCGCGGUGCUGGACGAGUGGAUGUUCAUCGAUGAGGACCUCCGCCUGUCCAUCCAGCUCCUGUGGCUGGAGGGCAAGCCCGUGCCCAUCACCAUGCCCCAGAACCAGCACGUCGGGCACAAGGUGUACAUGGGGUCCGCCCCGAUUUUGGUCACCUGCCCCGAGACGGCGCUGGCGGGCCUCUCGUCCGAGUCGUCGCAGCGCCCGCAGGGGCUGGCUGGCAUGCUGCUCCGGCGGCUGAAACUGUACUUAUUCACUGUGCCGAUUCCCAAGCCGCCGGCCCCGAAGCUAGUGCCGUGCCCGCGCUGUUUCUCGACCCUCGUCACAAGCGAGGCUUUCAGGAAAGCAGCUGGCGAGGCAGCCAACAAGGCAGCCAACGAAGCAGCCUACGAGGCACCCAGCGAGGCGGCCAACGAGGCAACUGGCGAAGCAGCCAGCGAGGCGGCCAACGAGGUAGCCCACGAGGCACGAGGCAGCCAACGAGGUAGCCCACGAGGCAGCCAGCCAGGCAGCGAGGCGGUCGACAGGGCAGCCAGCAAGGCAACCAACGAGGCCACCGACACAGCACCCGGCAAGGCAACCAACGAGGCAGCCAACGAGACAACCAACGAGGCAGCCAACGAGACAACCAACGAGGCAGCCAACGAGACAACCAACGAGGCAGCCAACGAGACAGCCAACAAAGCAGCCAACGAGGCAGCCAUCGAGGCAGCCAGCAAGGCAGCCAACAGGCAGCCGAGCAGGCAGGCCACCAGGAACCAGCACGUCGCAAUGCGCCGCUUGCAUGACGGCGGCAUGGGCGUCAAGAGGAUCGCCGCGGCCUUGAGCCGCUCCACGGACACCGUCUCGAAGCAUUUGUUCAAAAAGAACACGACCAAGAAGUCCAAGGGCCGCCCGAAGCAUUCCAUCCGCACCCCCAAAGGGUUUCUCGCUGCCCAGCGCGCUUACAAGAAGCUUCUGAAGUCCUCGGGCGGCACAAAGGAAGUGACGGCAGCCAUGCUGAAGUCCGAGAUGAAGUUGAAAUGCGACAUCAAGACAGUGCGCCGCGCGUUUGCUGAGAAUGGCUACCAGUUCCGCCCGCUGUACGAGAAGCCUGACCUUUCGGAUGGGGACAAGAAGGAGCGCCUGCAGUGGGCCCGCGAGCACAAGCACCGGAGCCCCAGGCAGUGGUCACAGUACGUCCACGCGUGCAUGGACAACAAGGUGUUCCAGGUGCUGCCCAAUGCGAAGUACAGGAAGGUGGCGGCAAAGCGCAAGGUUCGCGGGGUGUACAGGAAGCGCAAGCGGGACUUCUCCGUGGGCCACGUCAAGCCGAGCAACCCUAAGGUUCUCGGGCUGGCGCAAAUCGGAGACCGCGCCGAGGCCACUCAGCGCCAGGUUCUGAAGCAGAGUUCGGGCAAGGGCUCCGUGACCAUCGCGUGCGCCAUCGGCGCGGGCAAGGUGUUGAUGUGGCACCAGGUGGUCGGCAGGUGGAACGCCGCAGCCGCGGGGCGAAUGUACUCGGGGGCGCUCCAGCCCGCUUUGAAGAGGGCCUACCCUUCCGUGCGCGGCAAGUUCCGCGUCAUGGAAGACAACGACCCCACGGGCUACAAAUCUCGCUCGGGCAUGGCGGCGAAGAAGUCCGCUGGCAUCCAGACGUUGGACUUGCCGAAGCGGUCCCCUGAUCUGAUGCCGCUUGAUUUCGCCUUCUGGGCCAAUCUGAACAAGCGCAUGAGGGGGCAGGAGAAGGACUGGCCCGCGAGCAAGACGGAGACGCGGGCGCAGUACCUGGCCCGGCUGCGCCGCACGGCGUUGGCGACGCCUUCUGAGUACAUCCACAGCAUCAUGGGCAGCCUGCACAAGCGCUGCGGCUUGUUGGUCGAGGCGAAGGGCGGCCACUUCGCCGAGGGCGGGAGCCAGUCGCGGUCCACGAUCAAGACCAAUCCGUGCGUCCACCGCCCUUGCGGCUACAGGCCAGAGAAGCGCCGCAGGCUCGUGGGGAAGCAGAGCCAGCAGACGGCGCUCCUCGAGCACGUCGUCGGCGAGGAGAACAGGAACGCCUCGCGGGAGGUCUACUUGGUGACUCUGCCGCACACGGACAAGGAGGGUCUCAGAGCGCCAGCGGCUUUCUCGCGGGAGGAGGUCCGCGACGCUUUCCUGGAUUGCUGCGGCGCUCCGGACGCCGACCCCGCGUGGCUCGCAAGCCACCGCGGGCAGGGGGCCGCGCCCGUCGGGGUCAAGAAGCUGGUGGUAUUCAAAGAAUACCACGCGCCAGUGGCAGGCGUCCGGCGGGCGCACUACCACGUGGCCUUGCACCUGGGCAAGAAGAGCAAGUUCCUGACCGUGAAGCGGGCCUUGCUCAACAGGUACCAACUCGCCUCUCACUGGUCCUGCAGCCACGACGGGUACUGGUCGGCCGUCGGGUACUGCGCGAACGCGACGCCCAAGAAGCCGCGGAGCGCCCUGGACGUUGACUACUUGGCUUGGCCCGCGGACCACCCGCCGCUGUCCGCGGCGAAGAGGGAGCCGACGACCGCCCGCGCUUUGGAGAAGCGCAGGACCGCGCGGGAGCAGGUCGAGGGCGAGAAGGGGAAGCCAGAGCCUCGCGUCGAGGAGGUGGACCUGUGGCCGAUAGUGGUCAGGUCUGGGAUCCGGAAUACUCCGGACGACCCCCACGCAGUGCGCAAGUUGAUGGCGUACGCUAAGACGUCCUGCUCGCACAAGGUGGUUGCCUGGAUGUUCAAGAACGAGCACGUGUUGGAGAAGAUCAUCGACAAGGCCUGGGCGCGGGAGAACGUGGACAGCUUCCUCGAAGACGCGACGAAACCCGUCAUGCAGCAGUUCAAGGAGGCCUUGCGGACGCCUUGCGUUUGCGGCGGCCGCUGGUUGCACCACGUCCGCGAAAGCCUGUCGAUGAAUCGCAUCGACGUCCCCGACCUGUGCAGCAGCAUCUUGAUGUCCCUGAAGCACGGUCGGUCCGAGGCGGCCCCGGUGGUCACCUUGGCUGGGCGCUUCGGCGGAGAGGGGAAGUCUCUUCUCUUCUCGGCGGUUCGGCCGCUGUUCGGCGGUGAGCACGUGCAGGAGAGGCCAGGCGGGGGGCAGUUUUGCCUCCACGGCUUGGACAAGGCCAAGGCCGCGGUGCUGGACGAGUGGAUGUUCAUCGAUGAGGACCUCCCCCUGUCCAUCCAGCUCCUGUGGCUGGAGGGCAAGCCCGUGCCCAUCACCAUGCCCCAGAACCAGCACGUCGGGCACAAGGUGUACAUGGGGUCCGCCCCGAUUUUUGUCACCUGCCCCGAGACGGCGCUGGCGGGCCUCUCGUCCGAGUCGUCGCAGCGCCCGCAGGGGCAGGCUGGCAUGCUGCUCCGGCGGCUGAAACUGUAUUUAUUCACUGUGCCGAUUCCCAAGCCGCCGGCCCCGAAGCUAGUGCCGUGCCCGCGCUGUUUCUCGACCCUCGUCACAAGCGAGGCUCUUAAGUUCAAGCCCAA